UCGGUGGGCUCGGCCGCGCUGCCCCCUCCGCCUGCGGGGGUCCCGGGUGGGCGGCAGCCCCGGCCCCCCGGCCCGCCAUGGCCCGGCUCUCGGUCAAGGAGCACCUGGACGGGAUCCUCUCCGACUUCGAAGCGCUCAAGAAGUCGUUUGAGGCAGAAGAUGGGGACGAGGCACCCGGCUCCUUGCUGUCCUCAGGCGAGAGCCACCAGCCGCUGCAGCGCGGCCACCCGCCCCGCCUGGGCGGCGGCCCCGGCCCCAGCCCGGUGCCCAGCCCCGUGCUGCGCUCCCGGCUCGGCACCGGCCUGGCCACCGGCCGAGCCAACGGCACCGGCAUCGCCCGCGCCGCCUCCUUCCAGAGCCGCCAGGCCCUGGCCACGGGGCCGGGCAGCGACGGGGAGAGCCAGCGCAGCUCAUCCUCCAGCCUGGAGAGCCCCGCGCCCACCGGGCCCCCGCAGGCACCGGGCAGCCCCCCGGCCGCCAGCCCCGGCUUGAAGAAGGUCCCGUCCCACGGCUGCGUCUUCCCGGUGGAGCUGGACCAUCCCCUCCGCGGGGCCGCCGCCAGCCACGGCUCCCUGCCAGCGCUGGACCUGCACAUCGCCGAGGAGCCGGGCCUGGGGACGCCGUGGGGCACGCAGAGCUCUGCAGCCCAGCCUCGCGCCCACCAGCCUUCCUCCUCACCCUCCUCCUCCGCCCUGCCCCCGCACGAUGGCACAGAGACAGCCCCGGGGCUGCCCCCGCUCCCCGAGGGGCCGGGGGGGUGGGACGCGGCUCCCCGCACGGUGUCCCGGCCGUGGAGGGUCACCCUGAGCGCCAGCCCCCUCCCGUCCCGCCGGGCCCCCGCUCAGCCCCGGGGACAGGGGGAGGCGGCCCCGGCCGAGGGCAGGGCCGAGGGGCCGCCAGCGCUGCCAGCCCCCCAGGCCGCCACCUUCAGGCUGGUGUCGCAGCCGCAGACGGUGCAAGUGAGCUCGCAGCCCGCCUUCCUCGGGGGGCUGGUGCUGGGGCACCCCUGGGGCACGCCGGCAGCGCCCGGGCAGAUGGCACCGCGGGGACCCUGCGUGGUGGCAGCGGCUCCCGACCAGGCUGCGGACGGCAGCGGGGCGGCGGUGACGCCGGAGCACGGUAGGACUUCUUCUUGUCCCCGUCCCUCUCUCCGUCGGGGCCCCCUCGGCGGGCGCAGCGCUGCCAAAACCCCGCACGAGCCGAAGCCGGGAAAAGCGUGGGGUGACGGCGACUUUGGGGACAGGCGCGCCGCCAGCUCGCUGCUCCCCGCGCCGGGGCCCGCUGGCUGCGGGGGGCCGGGAGCCGAGCGCGGCGCUGGCAGCGCUCCCGGCCCGCCCGUCCCCGCGGUGCCUGGCGAGCCGCCCGCUCCGCCCCGGCGCUCACUGCUCUCCCGGCGCGGAGACAGGUCGGGACACAUGUGCCCCAUCGGCCGGCCCCGCGCGUGCCGCCUAUCGCCGCGAUCUUGUCCCGCGUCCAGCGCUUUCUUCCCCUCUCAUCCCUGCUGGCUUGGCACGGGGCUGGAUCCUGUUCCUCCCUCCCCGCGGGGCGCGGGAGGUGGCGGGGGGCCAAGGAGCGCCGGGGCGUGCUCGGCGUGCGCCCGGUGCCGCGGGCAGCGGAGCCCGGCUCCCGGCACGGCUGUGCCCCCGGCUCCCGCCGUGCCAAGCCCGUGCCCGUCCCCAGGCCUGGGGAGGGGGUAACCAAGUGCCCUUCCCAGGGCUGCUCCGGGAGGGCCGGAGGGCGCCGCGGUGGCCGGAGACGGCCGCCACCGCCGCUGCUCCCUGGCUGGGUGCUC